AUGUAUUAUAGAUUUCCACGCGAUAAAGUUUUAAAAAGCGAAUGGAUGAAAAUUUAUUCAGUUACAAAACAUCUUGUAUAUUACAAAGUGUGUGGUUGUCACUUUUUACCUGAAGAUAUUAACGAAAAUGGUCACCUAAAGCACUCUGUUGUUCCUAGUAUACAACUAGGUACAAAUCUCCAUCCAAAUUCUGAAAAUACAGGCCAAAAUGAUAUCAGUACAAAUAAUAAUUCCAAACCAAGUGAAACUGACUCACCUCAAAGGUCUGAUACCUCUACUAGUUUGAUCACUAGGCACCAGUGGCGUAAAUUGGGCUAA